UUCAAAUUUCUCGGUAAAUCCCCUAAAAAUGCUCCUUCAUGUAGCCCUUUUCCGCUGCUAAAACCUCCGGUAGCAUACUCGGAAAUAGAUCACCGCAUCCAUCAAUGGGGUUCUACGACGUGAUUCCGCUCUUCGUGGACACCAACCUUGGCACGCAUUUCGCUUUGUCUGUCUCUCAGGACAUUACAGCAGGCGAUCUCAAAGGUAAAAUUAUAAUGGAACAUUUCUCCUGUUUCCCAAAUCUUGGCAAAAUCAAGGUUCAUGGAUUGAUGGUGAAAAAGAAAUCCUUCUUUUAUCAUCUCUCAGAUUCAAUGGCGAUCAAGCAUGUAUUUAAAGAACUAUCACGAACAUGGCUUCUUCACCUCAAUGCCUCUUCGAUGCAAAAUGCCCUAGAGGAAAUAUCCUCAUCAUUGUCUAAUUCUUCACCCCAUGGUGAUAAUCAAACCAAAAAACCUGUUAGGAUUGAUUGUUUCCAAGCAUUCCAGAAUGAUAUAAGUACAGUUUCAGAGCAUCCAAUGGAAGGCAAAGUGCAUGAGAGUUUAUCAAGUCUGGAGAAUUCUAGGAAGAAGAGUAAUCAGACAAUCUCUGUCACUGGAAUCAUCUCUAGAUUCUUUUCUGAAUUAGAUGAGGUAGAUUCAUUUUAUUGUCAGCAUAAACACAUUCAUGAAACUGUACAUGUGUGUACUGAUGAACUGAGGGAUUCCAAUAUUAGAACCUUGGCAUCUCAACCAGAUCAUAUUAGCAAUAGAAAAACAGUUGAAUUUGACACAGACACACAGUGUUCCUUCGCAAAAAAGCAGGAAAAAAACGUAGCUGUAAGAGCUAAAGUUGCUUCGAAGGUGAAGAUGCAACAGCUUGGAUCAAAAAAGCUGGUAAACAAGAAAUCGUCACUCUGCACACCUCACAAGUCAUGCAAGUAUCAGGUUGGAAAGAGGCUAGUCCAAGCAGCAAACAGUAUACAAAUUUCAAGAAAAAGGAAGAAAUCAACAACCAAGUUUCUGUCAAAGUGCAAAAGUUCUGAUUCUGCUGUAUUUGUUAGAAGAAUUGCAUAUGAUGUAGACGAUUUUAUUGACUAAAUGAAAAUGAAUUUAUUUCU